AUCACUGUUCAACUGCUCUAGGUUGCACAUGAGCAAACUUUUCCUUACAGGUACAACUCCUAAAAGAUAUAACCUGCCUAGGAAGCGAGGAAGAGAACCUGCUUGACUCAGAGAACAGAGUGUUCUGGCAGUCCCUGCAUGACAGAGAGGUGCAAGCAGACAGCACGGUGCUGUUUACCCUGAAGAAGCGAGUGUGUGUGCUGGAAAGCGCUGACCUCUCUAAUGGAUCGUAUGGAGCUGCAAAAAGUCAACAUUGAGCUUGACAACCAGAGCAACAGUGGGGAAAGCCUCGAAGACAACUACACAGAGCUGGUUGAUUCAGAAAAGGCUGCAAUUAGGAGUGAAGAUGCAGAAAGUCAGAAGUUCCUUACAAAUGGAUAUCUGGAUAAAAAGAAACUGGAAGACUAUAAUGAAGAAUAUCAUGGAGGUAGAACCUCCUUUGGAAUGUCCUCGUUCAACCUCAGCAAUGCCAUUAUGGGCAGCGGCAUCUUAGGGCUCUCCUAUGCCAUGGCCAACACAGGAAUUAUCCUUUUCGUAGUUUUGCUGCUCAGCGUAGCAAUAUUGUCACUCUACUCAGUCCACCUCUUACUGAAGAUAUCAAAAGAAGGAGGAUCAUUAAUAUAUGAAAAACUGGGAGAAAAGGCAUUUGGCUGGCCUGGAAAGUGCGGUGUUUUCAUUUCAGUUACAAUGCAGAACAUUGGAGCAAUGUCAAGCUACCUCUUUAUUAUUAAAUAUGAACUUCCAGAAGUCAUCAGAGCAUUUAUGAAACUUGAGGAGAAUUCUGGAGAAUGGUACCUGAACGGGAACUACCUCGUCAUACUUGUAACAGUUGUGGUUAUUCUUCCCCUCUCCCUUCUAAAAACCUUAGGUUAUCUUGGUUAUACGAGUGGGUUUUCGCUGACCUGUAUGGUUUUCUUUGUCAGUGUGGUAAUAUUCAAGAAAUCCCAAAUACCCUGUCCUCUCCCUAUCAUGGACCAUGGGGUUGAAAACUGGACCAUUACCAAUAACACAGUGCCAAUGCACCUGAUCAUGUUACCAAACGAGUCACUUGGUUCUGGUGUGAAUUUCAUGAUGGACAACACAGCUGGGCACUUGCCAGGCCUUGAGGAGCCAAAAGAUACCUCCCCCAAAAGCAGUGUAGAAUAUGAAGCGCAUAGUGACAGCAGUGACAAGUGUCAGCCAAAAUACUUUGUGUUCAACUCACGGACUGCCUAUGCAAUACCCAUCCUGGCAUUUGCAUUCGUAUGCCACCCUGAGGUGCUACCAAUAUACAGUGAACUGAAAGAUCGCUCCCGAAAGCGGAUGCAGAAUGUCUCAAAUAUCUCCAUCACUGGCAUGCUUAUCAUGUAUCUUCUGGCUGCCCUCUUUGGAUACCUUACCUUCUAUGGAGAAGUUGAAGAUGAGCUACUUCAUACGUACACUAAAGUGUACACCUUCGACACCCUUUUGCUGUCAGUUCGCUUGGCAGUGCUGGUGGCUGUAACCCUGACUGUGCCCCUUGUCCUUUUCCCUAUCCGUUCAUCUAUCAGUGCGUUGCUGUUUCCCAAAAGGCCAUUCAGCUGGAUAAGACAUUUCCUGAUUGCAGCAGUAAUUCUGGCUUUUAAUAACCUGCUUGUAAUUUUUGUUCCAACUAUUAAAGACAUCUUUGGAUUUAUUGGAGCAUCUUCUGCUACGAUGUUGAUUUUCAUCCUCCCUGGUGCCUUCUACCUGCGUCUUGUGGAGAAGGAACCCCUGAGGUCUCCCCAGAAGAUAGGGGCUCUGAUUUUUCUCAUAGUUGGCAUAAUCUUCAUGAUUGUGAGUAUGACUCUUAUUGUAAUAGACUGGAUUUACAAUCCCCCAAGUUCCAGACAUCACUAACCUGUGGAGACAACCAAGUGCUUUUUAUGACAUAAAUAUUUGUAUUGUGUGCUCCAAAAAACAUCUAAAUGGGAUUGUUAUUCCUGGCUAGUAACUGCAGUACUUUGAAAACAGUUUCUGGUAAGGUCACAAGAACCCAAUGGAGUUUAUGUCAUCCUUUUCAGUAAGGAUCGUUACUUAUGCAUAAGAAACCUGAGCUUAGCAUUUCUGGCCAGGUGAAAUGAAAUGUGUGGUGUGAAUGCUUCCUAUUUUCAAAACCAAAAUAACUUUGUACAUAGUCCUCAAAAAUAGCUUGGUGUCACCCCUUUUAAAAUCUCCCAUCAUGAUCAUAACCACAGUUCCUAGAGCCUUGGAAAGUUAAUGGCCAGAAAACCAGAUAGUGCCUUAUUCUCGAUCUGAAGCUCAUGGGAGUGGCUGCCCAGGUCCAAGCAAAAGGGUACAGUUUCUGUAGGGGAUCUAAAAGGUGACUCUUCACUGCCUGAUAGACCAAUCUGACUAUCAGAAAGAUGAUGGCUUUGACAAGCCAGUGGACAAAGCUGAGCAUUAGAUUUCUUGUCCAAAUGUAUCGCCCUUGGCAGGUGAUGGCUUGUCAUACAGAAUUAAGGUCUCUGACACAGAUCCUGUGUUGGAACAUGUGCUUGAAGAACAGUUGGACAUUCUCAUUUUGUUGUUAAAGAUGCCUGUGCUGGGAACAUCAGACAUUUCUGCUGUAGGUUGUGGGUUUUUUUCUUUACUUUUUAAAUUGUUAUGUGAGCUUGCACCACUGAACAAGUUGUAUCCUCUGUAGAAACUUGUCUUCCACUCUCACAGGAAUUUAAAGAGACCACAAGGUGUGGCAAAGCACCCUAUCCAGUAUUGUUCAGUACUUGUAUAUUUGAUAAAUGUUCAGUGCAGGAAACUGUAAUUUGCUAUAUAUAAAAUAUAUGUAUUUAUGUACAUAAUUUUUUCUUUUUCUCCAGUCAUAAAAAUAUUAUGCUGUGGUAAAUGAUUUUUAAAAUUUUUUUUAUGUGUUUUCAUAGCCACACACUUAAUAUUGUUUUGAAGAAAACAUAUUGAAUUGGUUUGUUUGUAAAAGGUUAAUUUUUAUUCACCAUUGUAUAAAAUAUACCUGUAGCAAGUCACCUAACUGUUAUCUGUGUAAAAACACAUUCAGGUGUAUACUACUACGUAUGUUACAAUAAAUUGCAAGAUGUUUUCCUCUGGAAAAUUUUUAAUAUGUGCCUUAAAAUUCUGUAUUGCCAUUGUACACCAAAAAUUUGGAUAACUUGGUAUGUUGCUGUACCUUAACUUGCCUAUGCAUACACUAGCAUUCAAUAUGUAAUUAAGGUAUGCAAAGGAAACAUCAUUACUGACAAUCUCAAGUGUAUUGUGCUAUGCAGCUGUGCAAGACA